AUGAGCAAUGGCGCCCCAAUCGACUCCUUAGUCCUCGAGACAAAAACCCACGAAACUUCCACCAACGAACCUAAUACGUCUACAUCCCAUCCUUCACGCGAAUACGACUCGAGGUUCUCUCAGACGAACGGAUUUAACAUGAAAAAUUCAAGGAGGGGGCAAGUCUCUGUGGCAGUGGAUCCAGUCGCAUUGAUCACUACAGAAUGUAUCACAGUAACAUCUGCGAUGCGAAAGCAUGCAAGGUGGGCGCAUUCUUCUGUUUCUGCAAUUCUGGGCGGAAGCUCGACACCUAUGUCUCCAAGCUUCCAAUCAAGGCCGACCACACCCCGCGACGAUAACGUAGGCAAGAGAGUGACAAGGCCCGGGACUUCUAAUGGCUUCGUGGAUAUGGCAGACGAAGGAGGCCUGGCCAACCGAUGGGGCCUUCGAGGGAAGAAGGGCAAGAGUAUGCAAGAUAAUCCUUUGAUGGCGGGAUUCGGACGAUUGAGGCGCGAAUUGACAGGAUGUAAAGAUAUACACCAAUUCGAUACGCCGUCACUAUUGCACCCCUUCCUUCAAGUAAUUCAAGCAUCUGCUACUUCCGCGCCUAUUACCUCUCUUGCACUUGUCGCCAUCACGAAAUUCUUCUCCUACAAUUUAAUAAGUCCCGAGUCUCCACGACUUUCAAUAGCUAUGCAAUCACUAUCUGCCGCCAUAACGCAUUGCCGAUUCGAAGCCAGUGAUUCUGCUGCCGAUGAAAUUGUACUUUUGCGGAUACUGAAGCUUAUGGAGGGUAUGCUAUCAGGUCCAGGAGGUGACCUUCUUAGUGACGAGAGUGUUUGUGAGAUGAUGGAAACAGGCCUCAGUAUGUGUUGCCAGUCAAGGCUUUCUGAACUUUUGCGACGCUCGGCGGAAAUGUCGAUGGCGAAGAUGUGCCAGGUCAUCUUCGAACGGCUAAAGCAUCUGGAAAUUGAAGCUGGCGAUGAAAUGGACGCCUUGGAUGAGAAGACCAAAGAAGAUAUGGAUACUGUAAAGAUGGACCCUUCUGCGAAUAAGAACGAUGCUGUGAAGUCCUCCUUGGCUGCCCCUCCAAGCGAGACUCGACCGUCAACGAGCUUUGAGAAAACGAGAGGUGCUCUGGCAGGAACUAGUUCUUUGGAUCUGGGUUUAGCGCCUGCUUCCGAAGCUUCUGAUGAUACCCCAGUAAAACCAUAUUCCCUACCGUCAAUCCGGGAAUUGUUUAGAGUCUUGGUGGAUUUACUGGACCCGCAUGACCGACAGCAUGCAGACACUAUGAGGGUUAUGGCUCUACGUAUCAUCGAUGUAGCUUUGGAAGUAGCUGGCCCUUCGAUAGCAAAACACCCAAGCCUUGCCAAUCUAGCGGAGGAUCGCUUGUGUCGGUAUUUGUUCCAACUCGUACGAUCCGACAACAUGGCGAUUCUCAAUGAGUCACUGAUAGUCACUGGAACUCUUUUGGCCACUUGUCGUGGUGUCUUAAAAUUGCAACAAGAGCUCUUCCUCUCAUACCUUGUUGCUUGUUUACAUCCCCGUGUCGAGAUUCCCCGAGAACCUGGCAUAGAUCCUUCCCUAUAUGUUGGAAUUCCACAGACCCCUAAACUGGUGAAGCCUCCGCCAUCACAGGCAAGUAGUGGAAGGUCAACCCCAGUUCCUGUCAAAGACAGACAAAAGCUUGGCAUGGAGGGCGGCUCUCGAAAGCCAGAUGCUAGGGAAGCUAUGGUGGAGAGUGUCGGGGCUCUUGCUCGGAUACCUAGCUUCAUGGUUGAGUUGCAUGUCAAUUACGAUUGUGCAACCGAUAGGAGCGAUCUUUGCGAAGACAUGGUCGGGCUGUUAUCAAGAAAUGCUAUCCCAGACUCUGCCACCUGGAGUACAACCAGUGUGCCGCCAUUAUGUCUAGAUGCCCUCCUCGGUUACAUUCAGUUCAUAGCUGAAAGACUCGACGAUGAGCCAAAAUACACGGGUUACCCGGGCGUGGAGCACCUACGCGAACAAAAGCGGAGGAAAAAGAUAAUCAUUCAAGGAGCAUCGAAGUUCAAUGAAAAUCCAAAAGAUGGAUUGGCAUACCUCAGUGCUCAUGGGAUCAUCGAAGAUUCGAAAGAUGCCAAAUCGGUCGCGAAAUUCUUGAGAGGAACCGCCAGGAUAAAUAAAAAACAGUUUGGAGAAUACAUCUCGAAGAAAGGCAAUGAGCCAGUCCUCGAAGCUUUGAUGCGGGAGUUCAGAUUUAAUGGGAAACGAAUCGAUGAAGCUCUUCGCGAAUUACUGGAGUCAUUCCGCUUGCCCGGAGAGUCUGCGUUGAUUGAACGAAUCAUCACAGUGUUCUCGCAGCAAUACUUUGAAGAGGCAAAGCCGGAAGGUGUUGCCAAUGGGGAUGCAAUCUUCGUCCUCACGUAUGCUGUCAUCAUGCUGAAUACGGAUCAGCACAAUCCUAAUGUGCUCGACAAAAAUCGAAUGAAAUAUGAAAAUUUUGCUAGGAACCUAGGGGGAGUAAACAACGAAGCAGACUUUGACGAAAAAUACUUGCGGGACAUAUAUGAAUCGAUUAGGUCGAAUGAGAUUAUCUUACCUGACGAGCAUGAGAACAAACAUGCGUUUGACUAUGCUUGGAGAGAGCUCUUACUAAAGACAGAAUCGGCGGGCGAGCUUGUUCUGUGCGAUACAAAUAUUUUUGAUGCUGAUAUGUUUGCAGCAACUUGGAAACCCGUUGUCGCAACCUUGUCAUAUGUCUUCAUGUCUGCAAGUGAUGACGCAGUCUUCUCGAGGGUGAUUGCGGGUUUUGACCAGGUAGCACGAAUUGCUGGAAGGUACGGGCUAACGCAAGCCGUGGACAGAGUCGUUUAUUGUCUCAGCUACAUUACCUCGCUGGCAACUGGUAGCCCAUCCAAUCUUGCUCUUAACACGGAGGUCCAAGUUGGAGAGAAUAGCGUCAUGGUCAGUGAGCUAGCUGUUAAAUUUGGUCGUGACUUCAAGGCUCAAUUGGCCACUGUUGUUUUAUUUCGCAUCGUGGCCGGAAGUGAGACUGUUAUGAACAACAGCUGGAAGCAGAUUGUGCAAAUCUGGUUAAAUCUUUUUGUUAAUUCGUUGAUACCCCCUUUUUUCGCGCCAAAUCGUCUCGAAAUAUCGCCUAUACCGUUACAAAACCCGUCACAGAUAGUUGAUAGGGGACAGAAGCAAGCAGAGGCUGGCAUAUUCUCUGCGUUCACCUCGUAUAUCUCUAGCUAUGCAGCUGAUGAUCCACCAGAGCCCUCGGAUGAGGAACUAGAAAGUACUCUUUGCACGGUAGAUUGUGUGAAUGCAUGCUCUAUGGGGGAUGUCUUCGCCAACGUUGUGAACAUGCCCGUGGAAUCGCUGAAACCUCUGGUAAAGGCGUUGCUGGAUCAAUUGCCUGACGACCCUACAUCAAUAGUCAUAAGUGUGAAGUCCGAAACCGAUUCGCCUAUUUCACCCAAUGUACAAAAGGCUCCUAUGGGGCCACCGUACGAUCCUUCACACGUUUACCUCCUGGAAUUCUGUACAGUAUUGGCUCUGAGAGACAGCGAAACGAUAACAGCGCUUGGUGCCGAUGUUGCUGAGGCUCUGAUGAAUGUGAUGCGGAACGCCUCCAGCUACCAUAAUAUCAUGGUCUCCAGGACCGUUUUCUAUCUGCUCCAUCUUCUACACGCUAGCUAUGAACACUCGUUUAUUAGAGUACCAGUUGUACUUCAUACAGUAUCAGCCUUUAAGAAAGACCUCCUGGAAAAAUCCUCAUCCUUGGUUCUUCGAGGAUUAACUGAAUGUUUCAAGGAACCUGGUCCCCUGAGGAACGAAAUAAUGACUUCUCCAGACUUCUGGGUCAUUCUUCGAAACCUCGCAGGCACUUCUGAGUCCGCGAAGACCGUUUUCGAGAUUCUUGAGGGUGUUGCUGUCGGAUCACCGCCCACCGUCAUGGCCGACAACUACGAACCCGCAGUUAAGCUGUUGAACGACUUUGCAUCGGCUGGAAGCGUUGGGGCUACUGUCGAGCAAAAGAAGGACAAGAGGCCAAAAAGAGGACAACCAAAGAAAGCUCCAGAGAAGCAACCGGAAGUGGACGCCGCAGUUGCCAGGGGUGUGAAGGCGAUUUCGAUGAUUUACUCGUUAACAACAAGGAUACCAGUGCUAAUGGAUCAAUCGCAUCUCGAAAGCAAAGACGCAUGGGCAGCGUACUGGUCGCCGAUAUUUCGAGCACUUACAACUCAGUGCACAAACCCUUGCCGAGAGGUCAGGCAUCAGGCAUUUUCUUCACUGCAAAGAACCCUUCUGUCGCCUGAGUUAACCUCAGGAGAACACGAGGAGUGGACGGCGAUCUUCGGAGAAGUCUUAUUUCCCCUGAUUCAAAGACUCCUAAAGCCAGAGGUGUAUUCUUCAGAUCCUAUCGGUAUGAGCGAGACACGUGUGCAAGCGGCGACUCUGCUCUGUAGAAUCUUCUUGCAUUACUUGGUAUUACUCUCCAAGUGGGAUGGCAUGUUGGAUCUUUGGCUCAAGAUUCUCGAUAUCAUGGACAGAUUAAUGAACAGUGGGCAGGGGGAUAGCCUGGAGGAGGCUGUGCCCGAAAGUCUGAAGAACAUCCUGCUCGUGAUGUCCAGCAGCGGAUAUCUUGUUCCUCCAAGUCAAGACCCCGAGCACGAAAAGUUGUGGGUAGAAACUUGGAAGCGUAUUGACCGCUUUCUUCCUGAUCUUAAGAAAGAUCUCGACUUAGAAGCACCGAAAGAAGCCGAGAAACCGUUAGUUCCUCUGUCGCCUUCAGCGACCGAGGCAAAACCAGAAGAUGUGGUAGCGUCUGUGUCAUAG